AUGCCUGCUCAGACCCUCCCUAUACCCUGCUCAGACCCUCCACCCCCUCACCCUGCUCAGACCCCUCAACCCUACACCUGCUCAGACCCCUCUCCCUACACCCUGCUCAGACCCCUCAGCCCUAUACUCUCAGACCCUAUACCCUGCUCAGACCCUCAACCCUACACCUACCCUCAACCCUACACCCUGCUUCAGACCCUCCACCCUAUGCCCUGCUCGGACCCUCUGACCCUACACCCUGCUCAGACCCUCCACCCUAUACCCUGUUCAGACCCUCAACCCUACACCCUGCUCAGACCCUCCAACCCUAUACUCUGCCCAGACCCUCCACCCUAUACCCUCCCUCAGACCCUCAACCCUACACCCUUCUCAGACCCCUUCAUCCCUACACCCUGCUCAGCCCCUCAACCCUACACCCUGCUCAGACACCUAUGCCCUGUUCAGACCCUCAACCCCUAUGCUCUGCUCAGACCCUCCACCCUACACCCUGCUCAGACCCUCAUCCUACACCCUGCUCAGACCCCUCAUCCCUACACCCUGCUCAGACCCCUCAACCCUACACCCUGCUCAGACCCUCAACCCUACACCUGUUCAGACCCUCAUCCCUACACCCUACCCCUCAACCCUACCACCUGCUCAGACCCUCAACCCUGCACCCUGCUCAGACCCUCCACCUACACCUGUCAGACCCCUACACCCUGCUCAGACCCCUCAACCCUACACCUGUUCAGACCCUCAACCCUACACCCUGUUCAGACCCCUCAACCCUACACCCUGCUCAGACUCCUCAACCCUACACCCUGCUCAGACUCCUCAACCUUACACCCUGCUCAGACCCCUACACCCUACUCAGAACCCUACACCCUGUCAGACCCCUCUCAAGACCCCUCCACCAUGCCACCCUGCCCUGCUCAGACCCUCAACCCCUGCACUGCUCAGACCCUAUACCCUGCUCAGACCCCUCAACCCUACACCCUGCUCAGACUCCUCCAGCCUACAACCUGCCCAGACCCUCCACCCUACACCCUGCUCAGACCUCAACCCUACACCCUGCUCAGACCCCUCAACUCCUACACCCUACCCCUCAACCCUACACCCUGCUCAGACCCCAGCCCUAUGCCUGCUCACCCCUCCCACACUAUGCCAUUAUCAACCCUCAUAGCCCUACACCCUGCUCAGACCCUCCACCCAUGCCUGCUCAGACCCUCAACCCCUACACCUGCUCAGACCCUCCACCCUAUACCCUUCUCACCCCUCAACCCUAUGCCCAUAUCAAACCCCUCCACACUAUGCCCUUCUCAGACCCCUCGGCCUAUGCCAGACCCUCACACCCUGCUCGGACCCUCAUCCCUACACCCUGCUCAGACCCCUCCUGACCCUACCCUGCUCAGACCCCCUCAACCCUAUACUCUGUCAGACCCUAUGCACCCAGACCCCUAUACCCUGCACCCUUCUCAGACCCCUCAUCCCUACACCCUGCUCAGACCCCUCAGCCUGCACCCUGCUCAGACCCUGCCCCUCAGACCCUCGUCCCUGCCACCCACUACACCCUGCUCAGACCCUCAACCCUACACCCUGCUCAGACCCCUAUGCCCUGCCCAGACCCCUCAACCCUACACCCUGCUCAGACUCCUCAACCCUGCACCCUGUUUAGACCCUCCACCCUGCACCCUGUCAGGCCCUCAACCCUACACCCUGCUCAGACCCCUAUUCCUGUUCAGACCCUCAACCCUGACACCCUGCUCAGACCCUCAACCCUAUACCCUGCUCAGGCCCCUCCACACUAUACCCUUCUCGGACCCUCCACCCUGCACCCUGCUCAGACCCCUCCACCCCUUCAUGCCUGCCGGACCCUCAACCCUACACCCUGCUCAGACCCUCACCUAUGCCCUGCUCAGACCCUCAACCCUACACCCUGCUCAGACCCUCAACCCUAUACUGCCCAGACCCCCUCCACCCUAUGCCCUUCUCGGACCCUCAACCCUACACCUUCUCGGACCCCUCAACCCUACACCCUGCUCAGCCCUCAACCCUACACCCUGCUCAGACACCUAUGCCCUGUUCAGACCCCUCAACCCUAUACUCUGCCUGACCCCUCCACCCUACACCCUGCUCAGACCCUCAUCCCUACACCCUGCUCAGACCCUCAUCCCUACACCUGCUCGGACCCUCAAACCUGCACCUGCUCAGACCCUCAACCCUACACCCUACUCCUCAACCGUACACCCUGCAGACCCCUACACCCCCUACACCCUCAACCCUACACCCUGCUCAGACCCUCAACCCUACACCCUGCUCAGACCCUCCACCCUACACCCUGCUCAGACCCCUACACCCUGCUCAGACCCUCAACCCUACACCCUGCUCAGACCCCUAACCCUGCACCUGUUCAGACCCCUCAACCCUACACCCUGCUCAGACUCCUCAACCCUACACCCUGCUCAGACCCUCACCCACCCCUACCCUGCUCAGACCCCUCAACCCUACACCCUGUUCAGACCCCUCAACCCUUGUUCAGACCCCUCCCCUACACCUGCUCAGACCUCCACCCUACACCCUGCUCAGACCCUCAGCCUUACACCCUGCUCACACCCUCUACACCCUGCUCUGACCCCUACACCCUUCUCAGACCCCUCAACCCUCACACCCUCCCUCCACCCUGCUCAGACCCUCCACCCUACCCCUCAACCCUACACCCUGCUCAGACUCCUCAACCCUACACCUGCUCAGACUCCUCAACCCUACACCCUGCUCAGACCCUCAACCCUACACCCUGCUCAGACCCUCAACCCUACACCCUGCCAGACCCUCACCCUGCUCAGACCCUCCACCCUGCUCAGACCCUCCAACCCUCCACCCUGCCAACCCUCCACCCUGCCUCAGACCCCUCCACCCUACACCCUGCUCAGACCCCUCAACCCUACACCCUGUCUCAGACCCCUAUACCCUCAGACCCUCAACCCUCACCUCCUGCCAUCAGACCCCUCAACCCUACACCCUGCUCAGACCCCUCAACCCUGCUCAGACCCCUGCUCAGACCCUCCACCCUACCCCACCCUCAGACCCUACACCCUGCUCAGACCCCUACACCCUGCUCAGACCCUCAACCCUACACCCUGCUCAGAGACCCCUCAACCCUACACCUACACCCUGCUCAGACCCCCCCUCAACCCUACACCCUGCUCAGACCCCUCAACCCUACACCUCAACCCUCCACCCCUGCACCCCUGCUCAGACCCCCCUGCUCAGACCCUCAACCCUACACCCUGCUCAGACCCCUCCACCCUACACCCUACCCCUCAACCCUACACCCUGCUCAGACCCCUCACCCUACACCCUGCUCAGACCCCUCAACCCUCCACCCCUGCUCAGACCCAACCCUACACCCUGCUCAGACCCUCCCUCACCCUACCCUGCUCAGACCCCUCAACCCUACACCCUGCUCAGACCCCUAUCCUUUGCCCUCCAGACCCCUCAACCCUGCACCCUGCUCAGACCCUCAACCCUACACCCUGCUCAGACCCCUCCACCCUACACCCUGCUCAGACCCCUCAACCCUACACCCUGCUCAGACCCUCAACCCCUACCCUCCCCUGCUUCAGACCCUCAACCCUACACCCUGUUCAGACCCCUCAACCCUACACCCUGCUAAGACCCCCUCCACCCUACACCCUGCUGCUCAGACCCUACACCCCUCUGACUCCUCAGACCCUACACCUCCACCCUCCACCCUGCAGACCCCUCAAGACCCCUACACCCUGCUCAGACCCCUACACCCUGCUCAGACCCCUCAACCCUACACCCUGUGAUGAUGGUUAUGAGAAGAUCAGUAGUGAUGAGGAUGACUUGGACAAUGGGAGUUUUAAGCUGCCCAGUUUUGACAUUGACUACACCCCUGAAGACCUGGCCUCUGUGCCCCCAGUCCAGUACGACCCCUAUGAAAGAGAGCUACGCCCACUGCUCUACUUCACCCCUCCCUACAAGACCCGCUUCGACUCCCAGCUGGAGAGGGCUACGGGGGCUGUGUGUGUUGGUCCAGAGGGACCUGGAGGUGGAGAAGGGGCUGAGGCUGAGGUUGUUGCCCAGAUGAGAGAGCUCCUGACUGGGAUAGGAGAGGACCGUGACUCCCGCUGGGUCACGGCCCUAGAGCAGGCAUCAGGGCUGCUCGCUAGAGGGCUGGGCUUUCUGAUUGGACAGGGGGAAUGGGAGGGGGCUAUUGGAGCUCUGGUCCAAUGGGCUCUCCAGGGUCUUAGCAUGGAGAUAGCUCUGACCCAACCCAUUGCUCUAAACCUCAGGCAGCUGAAAGCUGGAGCUAAGCUGGCUUCCUGCCUGGCCGAGUGCCCACAGGGCCUCACUGCGCUGCUGCACGAGGGAGCCCUGGAGCUCCUACUGGAGCUGCUCCAGGUGGACCAUGUGUCGUCCACACUGAAGCUGUGUAUCCUAAGGGCUCUGGAUGCUCUGACCAGUGCCCCCGCUGGCGUGGAGGCCUUCCUACGAGGGGAGAUAGAGAGGAGUGGAUACCAGCGGUUGGUGCAGCUGUUCCUGGGGGAGGAAACUGUGCGUGUGGUAACCGCGGGCAACGCCAUUCUUCAGAAAGGCCACGCCUAUGAGGUUAUGACUGACCUGCAGAGAACAGCGGCAGCCUGGAGCGAGCCUCUGCAGGAUGAGGGGGAGGAGCCUGAUAUAGCCAUGGAGGAGGAGACCUCAUUAGGCCCCUCCCCUGUCAGCGAGGCUGAGCUGGAUAGGUUGGCUGGGGUUCUAGAAGAGUUACAUCACCUUUUAGAGACCGCCCCCCACACCAUGGUCCAGCCCCCUGGAAAGGCCUUCCCUACAACCGCACGCAUUACUGGUCCACAGGAGAGAGACGACCCCUACCCUACACUGUACAGGUACAUGCAUGCAUGUCACUUCCUGGAGAGCUCGGCGGUGGUGUUGUCAGCAGCAGUGGCGGCAGGGCAUACAGGUGUCACUCACGCCGUCAGGGAAGUCCUGCACUUUCUGUCUCUCACCCAAUCAGGACUGCUGUUCAUGCUGGCCCAUCCCACGCCUACCAACCUGCUGCUCCGCCUCCUAGCAACCAUCGCCGAGGUUGAGGGAGAGGAGCCUAUGGUCACUGGGGGCGACGGCGGGUUCUCGGGCCCCGGAUUGGGUGAAGAGGUUGGGGUGUGGCUGAUGCAGGCGCUGCAUGCCCUCCAGAGCGUGUCUGAGCUGAUGAGUCACGUGACUGCCGGCGGGGAGGGGAGGGGUGGGCUAGGAGGGGACAGUGCGGAGGUACUGAGCAUGCUCCAUGCCCUCUACCUCAUCACCUUCACACAGACUGGGAGGAGCGCUGUGGCCCACGUCUUCAGCCUGGAGAACAACCUCUCCUGUCUGGUUACGCUGCUGCAGCACCACAGCAAGGACGGACACGGGGAGGCCAAGGCCCGGAAGGCGGUGACCUAUAACUAUGCGUGUAUGCUGGUGCUGAUGGUGGUUCAGAACUCCAGUGAUCUCCGUAACAUGGAACAACACGCUGCUCCUCUACUCAUCCUGGCCAAGGCUGAUGACACCAACGCUAAACUACAGGAGCUGAGUCAGUGGCUGGAACCUCUGGACAAGGUGAAGUUGGAGAUGGGCAGCAUCCCCAGCCUCAUAGACUACAUCAAACAGAACGUCCAGAACGUGUUGACUCUAGAGGGAAGUGGACUGAUCUCUGCUCUGAGGGUCCUCUGCCAGAUCGCCUGUCCACCUCCCGCCGUAGAGGCUCAGCAGAGAGAUCUGAAGUGGAGUCUAGCAGGGGUGCAGUUGUUUUCUGGGGAGGGCUUGGACACGUGUGUUUGUGUGCUCCAGAAGCUGUGUAGCGUGCUGCUGCCUGCCUGGCGUGUGCACGGACACAUGGGACCCACCCCACAGCGCUGUAUGAUCCUUGGCGUGUGCGCUAACACGCUAAGGCUGCUGCGGACCAUGCUAACAGAGCUGUUGCGCAGCGGGGCCUUCCAGUUCAGGGACACGCGUGUGGCGAGCACGUUGGUGACUCUACACAUGGUCGUGUGUUCAGCCCCGUCCUCUGGACGUCUAGACUGGGAGGAGACCAAGGUUCAGGCCCUCAUCGUAGAUGUGCUGCUCACCUUCACACAGGGAGUCAGCGAACAGAUGACCCACACAGAGGAUACUCUGCUCAGUAACACAUGGUCUCUGAUGCUGAAGGAGGUGUUGGGCUCUCUACUGAAAGCACCAGAGGGACUCUUCUCUGGCCUCACCCUGCUGUCUGAACUGCUGCCACUUCCCCUGCCCAUGCAGAGCACGCAGGUGAUCUCUGUCCAGGACGUGGCUGUAGCGUUGAACACCAGGAAGUUGUGGAGCAUGCACCUGCGGGUGCAGUGGGGUGUGUUUGCGGACGCCCUCGGGUGUGUGUGUGGAACUAGCUGUCCUCCGCUGCUGGCCAUGCUGCGACGUGUGUGUGUCCAGCUGGCUGACCUCUCCUCUCCCACCGCCACCCUCAUCAUGAAGACCCUGCUGGAAUUCCUGCUGGGGGAACUACAGCCUGUUGAGGGUAAGAGUCCGGGUUGGGGGCAGGUCCUGCGUCUCCUCUCUCUAUUCGACACCCUGGUUUCCCAGAGAGCCUGUAAGAUCGCAACGUUACACUUGCUCUCUGGCUCCACCCCUGGAGAUGAGCCAUUGGCUGAUGUCUUCCCCCUGCUACUGUCCCUAUUGGUUCCCGCUGCUGACCACGCCCUGCCACAACAGCACUGUGCAGAGCUGGUGGGGACUGUCCUGCAGUCACUGUGUGACCAGGACAUCUCUCUGGUGGUGCCCCACCCAGCCGAGGGGUGGUCAGAGGCUGAGCAACUGGCCAAUGCCCUGCCAGGACGGGAAAUGAUCUCAUCAGUGUGCGACUCUCUGAUGGAGGUUUUGGGGAACGGAGAGAGCAGUGCCGCUCUGCUCCUCACCUGUCUCAGGACACUCAUGUUCCUCACAGAACAUGACUAUGGACUCUACCACCUUAAAGGGGCUAUGAAGAAGCACAGUGCCAGUGUGUGUGCUCUGUUGAAGAGACAGGUGUUCUCCUUCAGGAAAGACUCGGCUGAACUCCUCUCUGCUCUGCUGGACUUCCUGCGACAGAUCCUCAACACUGACCCUCUGGUAAACCCCAAACAAGGUUGCUGUGGGGAGGAGAGUGGAGGAGAGUCCGGGCUGGUCCCCCCCAGGUCUGUGGCUCUGACUGGGUCAGAGAUGAAGGCUCUGCUGCAGUGGGAGGAGGCUGACACACCCCCUCUAAACACACUAGAGAAACACAUCACGAAGCUGUAGGAGGAUUCACUGGAGACCCUGUUGGAGAAUGUGAUUGGUCUACGACAGACGCUGGAGAGCACUAUGGACACAUCUUCCCCUGAGACGGAGCCCACUCUACCCAAUCCUGACACGUUAUUGACCCAGUUCAACCACAGGACGGUGUUUGUGUUGUCAGAGGUGUUGGAUGAGCAGCUGAAGGCUCUGUGGUUCCCCUUCCACACUGACGACAUGGAGGCAGAACUAGACAUGGUGAAGGUGGACCUGCUAGGGCCUGGCCCAGGAGUGUUGUCAGAGUUGGACCUGAAGUCAGAGCUGGAACGCUCCUUCCUGUGACCCUUGUCUCCCAGUCAUACCAAAACUAACAAGGGCUUCAGGCUGGGCAAGCACAAACCACGAGACCAUCAUCACUGUGGUAAGUCAGACUACAUCGAGCCAGCUAAGAGAGCCCACAUGAUGGCUGCUGCUCCUCGCGGUCGAGGAGGGGGCUUCGAGACAGCCCUUUCGCUCACCGACAUCUUCCGCCAGCGCAAACAGAACACCCUGCGCCCUCCCAGCAUGCACGUGGAUGACUUUGUGGCGGCAGAGUUUAAAGAUGUUGGGACUCCCCUGGGCCUGUUGCCCCCAAGCUGACCCCCAAGGUUCCCCCAACCCCCCACCAGAGGCCUGUUCACUGGAACAGAGGUAGGCUGCUUUCCCAGCCAGCAGACACGCUUUUCACCCCACCAGCCUAAAGGAGUGCUCUCUGGGUGUAACUAUAAUGCCUGCGUGAGGGUGGGGCGAGGUGGCACUGCCUGGAGUGGUCUGUUGCCACCGGUUACCCACAGAGGAACAUACAGUGAUGCCAGGGCGGGCAGAGCAACUUCACGCGGCCCCCUGCCCUCACGCCAGCAGCCUGCAGGUACACGCCUGGGCUCUCGCGGGACCGCGCCCCGAGGUCGUGGGGGUACAGGCCUGUAGUGGCUGAGCCAGGGAGGAGGGGGAGGGGAACCCAGGGGGAAGUUUAUAGCGGUGGGAGGCAGUUGAGGAGGGAGGGGACGGCAGUUCGCUCCUUCACCAGGUAAAUGA